AUGACGGUAUUGGAGGAGGCGGAAGUGGAAGCGGCAGCUGAGGUAACAUCGGAGGCCCCUACCAAUUGAGAGUGGUGUGAUGUCAUGGCAACUGCCAGUUCUAAUAUUGCUACAAGUGACCAAGCCUUGGAAAAGUCACAAUUGAACUUAAAAAUUUUAAAAGCUAAACUGAGAGUCCCAAAACCAACGAGGAUUAGUUGCUACAUUGAGGUGACAGUGGAUGCUCUACAUGAUGAAACCAAGAAAACUGGAAAGCGGAAUGGUAACCUCCAUCCACAGUGGAAUGAGACAUUGACUUUGAAUGUAACACCACAGAGCCGAUUGGAGCUGAAAGUGUGGAACAGUCAUACCUUAAAAAAUGAACUAUUUGGCAACGUAUCGAUCGACGUUUGUGACAUUUUAAAGAAGAACAAUGGAAAGUUGGAAAACAUUCAGCUAAAUUUGAACCUUCAAAUGGGGAACAAAAGUAGUGUUGUAUGCAGCGGUGAAUUGACUGUUUGCCUGGAUGGCCUUAAUGUUGACUUGGGAAAUUUGCCUAAUGGCGCCAUCAUGACAGAAAAAUUCCAGCAGAAUGGUAAAAUUCAUCAGAGCACAAGUGAAGACAAUGGUUCAAAAUCUUCACUGUCAUGUACCAGUGAUUCUCCAGACAGAGUACGGGCUUGCAGACAGAAUACUGGUACUGUGGUUAUUGAGGAGAGCACAGUGAAUGGGGUAGAUGAUGAUGCUGAUGAUAGACAAAAAUCUGCAUCCAAGAUACCUUCACAUGCCUCAAGUCCAAGCGGAAUAGUGAAUGGCGGGAUUACUUCAAAUGAAAGUGACAAUGGGAACUGGAAUAAUGCACCGAGUUCUGCAGCUCCACCAGCCAUUACACUUCCCUCUUCUGCUGCACUCCCCUCAGCCCCAGUCACCAGUUCUUCGACCACUGGCACCGCAGGUCCCACUAGUUCAUCUGCUGUGGGACAGAUGUCAGAAGAAGGUUCUACUCUGACAGAACUGUCUCAGGCAUUAGCCCAAAACCUGGAAGCGCUACCUCCUGGAUGGGAACAGCGAGUGCUUCCUUCUGGAAGAGUAUACUAUGUGGACCACAACACCAAAACUACCACAUGGGAGAGACCUCUGCCUCCAGGCUGGGAAAAACGAGUCGAUCAACGUGGCAGAUUUUACUAUGUGGACCAUAACACCAGGACAACAACAUGGCAGCGUCCAACAGCUGAAUCUGUCCGAAACUUUGAGCAAUGGCAAUCCCAAAGAAAUCAAUUGCAGGGAGCUAUGCAACAUUUCAACCAAAGGUUUUUAUAUCAACCAUCUGGAAUCUCUACUGACAAUGAUGCACUCGGUCCUUUGCCUGCUGGCUGGGAGAAACGCCAGGAUAAUGGACGAGUCUAUUUUGUUAACCACAAUACACGGACAACCCAGUGGGAGGAUCCAAGGACUCAAGGGAUGAUCCAAGAAUCCCCACUGCCUCCUGGCUGGGAGAUGAAAUACACAAAUGAAGGGGUUCGAUAUUUUGUGGAUCAUAACUCUCGUUCCACCACCUUUAAAGAUCCUCGAACUGGAUUUGAUUCCACCUCUAGUGCAAGAAGUGGCUCUCCAGCAGCGUACGAUCGAAGCUUUCGAUGGAAAUAUCAUCAAUUCCGUUUCCUCUGCCAUUCUAAUGCAUUGCCAAGUCAUGUUAAAAUCAGUGUCUCCAGACAAACAUUAUUUGAGGAUUCCUUUCAACAGAUAAUGAAUAUGAAGCCAUAUGACUUGCGCCGUCGAUUGUACAUAAUAAUGCGUGGAGAGGAGGGUUUGGAUUAUGGAGGUAUAGCAAGAGAAUGGUUUUUCCUGCUUUCCCAUGAAGUUCUCAAUCCAAUGUACUGCUUGUUUGAAUAUGCUGGAAAGAACAACUACUGUUUGCAGAUAAACCCUGCAUCAUCAAUUAAUCCGGAUCACCUGACCUAUUUCCGUUUUAUUGGAAGGUUCAUAGCAAUGGCACUUUACCAUGGCAAAUUUAUUGAUACAGGAUUCACACUGCCGUUUUAUAAAAGAAUGUUGAAUAAAAAUCCCACAAUGAAAGACUUGGAAUCAAUUGACCCAGAAUUCUACAAUUCACUGCUGUGGAUCAAGGAGAACAAUGUAGAAGAAUGCGGCUUGGAACUGUAUUUUGCACAGGAUAUGGAAAUAUUGGGGAAAGUAACAACUCAUGAGCUGAAGAAAGAUGGAGAAAAUAUUAUGGUCAUUGAAGAGAAUAAGGAGGAGUAUAUGAGGUUGCUGACAGACUGGAGAUUCACCCGUGGAGUUGAGGAACAAACCAAAUCUUUCUUGGAUGGUUUCAAUGAGGUGGUACCUUUAGAAUGGCUGCGGUAUUUUGAUGAAAAGGAACUAGAGCUAAUGCUAUGUGGAAUGCAAGAAAUUGACCUAUCUGAUUGGCAGAAGAACACCAUCUAUCGCCAUUACACGAAGAAUAGUAAGCCAGUCCAGUGGUUCUGGCAGGUUGUAAAAGAAAUGGACAAUGAGAAAAGGAUCAGAUUAUUGCAGUUUGUCACUGGCACAUGUCGCCUGCCUGUUGGGGGCUUUGCCGAGUUAAUAGGGAGCAAUGGGCCACAAAAAUUCUGCAUCGAUAAGGUUGGGAAGGAUAGUUGGCUUCCAAGAAGUCACACUUGCUUCAAUCGCCUAGACCUCCCCCCUUACAAAAGUUAUGAGCAACUAAAGGAGAAGUUACUGUAUGCCAUUGAAGAAACAGAAGGCUUUUGGUCAAGAGUAAUAGGUUCUUUCAGCUGCAGAGAAAACAUUGAAUAACGAAACCUCACUGAACAUUCAGAAGACCAUGGCUACCAUGAAGAACUUUUAGUUUAAUUUUGCUUCCAUAUGUCCCUUCAAUUGAUCUCCAUCAUAAUGUUUUUUCAUUGUUAGCAUUCAAUAGGUUUAAUGAAUAAUAAUGUAACAUUGCUCUCAUAAUUGAAAUACACUGUCCUUUCUCUGAUCUAUCAUAGGCUUAUGUUAAAUGAACUGCUGCUUACUUAUUAUCCACUUAUACCUCUGACAAUUAUUGCAGCAACAAAGCUCUUCCACCCCCUCUGUUUCUGGCAAGUGUUUCAAGGUGUCCCAGGCUUUGGUCCAAGUUUUUUAACCAGAUUCUAUACUUGCACCAUGUUGUUCUUGGGGUGGCUUUCAUUUCAUUUGCCUUCAUGUACCCACCUUUUGCUAUUCUAGUGUGGAAUCAUCUUCCAUCUGAAGCACAUGGCUCAACCAUUCCCAGUGCUCUCAGUGAUUAUGGUCCUUAUUCCAUCUUGGCUGCACUGUAAAAUCAGGUCUUUGUUUAAGAUUGUUCCUGGGCCAAAAGAUAUGGAGGCAGGCUAUAUAAAAUGAAGUCAGUUUGGGCAUGUGAGGCCCAAAGCAUUUCUCGGCACCUGCACUAUGGAGAAGUAUCGAUAAGUCUCAAGUUUAAUAUGGGUUUCUUGAUCUUCAAGCUAUUCCUGGCUUUGUUGACUGUGCUCUAGAUAUCUUUGCUUAUUCCACCAUCCUGUCUGAUGAUGCUUCCAAGUAUGUGAAUGUUUCUGCAUUAGAAAUAACAAUUCCACAUCCAUACUGAUGAUGGUGAAUCAUUGUUAAAGGUCAUAAUAUCUUUAACUCAGUUAAUUUUUAGUCUCAUUUGCUGGUUGAAUAUAUUGAGUUCAGUUGUUUCUUUCCUGCAUGUAUAGUUGGGUAUGUGAAAGGAGACUGAGAUAAUCUGCAAAGUUUUCAAGGAAUGUGAAGGAUGUCUAUCCAUUGUCUCUUGACAUAUCUUCUGUUGUACAUCAUGUUACCCACUAACAAUAUUGAAGAGAAUUGCAGACACCACUCCCUUGAUGUGCUACUGUUUUGUCUUCAGAGCUGAUCAACACUUCGUGUGAAGUUUAGAUAAUUUGAUUAUACAGCAAAGGAUUCCAUAUACCCACAGAGAGUUCCAAGGGCUAGUCCUAUGAAUGCUGUUAAAAGUUUUCUCAAAGUCUGUGAAAUUUAUGCAGGGAUGCCAUAACCGUUCUGAGCUUUGUUCUACUAUAUUUUGUAAAUUAAUGAUCUGGUCUGUGCAGGUGUGCUCUUUCUAAAAACUGGCCCAUUCUUUUCUGGAAAUCCUACCAACUGCUUCUGAUGUAUGCUGGACUGUGAUCUUACACAUUACUUUGCUUGGCACAGAUGAAAGUGUAAUAUCAUACCAGUUAAUGCAAACAUUAAGUGUUUCCUUCUUAAGUAUCUUGAAACCCAUUGGUCCACUCAUCUGGCACCUUUUCCCGUCUCCAGACUGAUGUUUGAAUAGAGGGCCCAGGGUAGGUGCUGCAUAUUCAGAAGUUAUUUUGAACAAUUCUGUAACUUUAUCUGGAAAUUUCCCAUUUUUUUUAAGAAUGCAUUAUCACAAGGUGGCCUUUAUUGCUGAAGAGUGUUAAGGUUUGCUGUUUGCCGCUGAUAAAACAUUAUUUUAUAGAUGGUUUCUUGUUUGAUAUAGGUAGCGCCGCCAGGCUGUCAAUAUAGUGUUUGUCCACUCUUACAUGGUGUUUGAUCUCUCAAUGUGCCUUGCUGUACCGCUCAAAGAAUUUGACCUUUAACCUCUGGGAUUUUAUGUCAAAAACCUUUUACUUCAGGACUUGCAUGGUUCCAUGUACUUGGUGAGACCUACUCUUCUGCUUGUAGUCUGACCAGGCUUCACUGCUCCUUAUAGAUCAUUUACACUUUGUGCCAUUUCUUGAUGUUUCCCUGCCUCUUCAUCAUGGACUGCAAGCGGCUAAAACCUGUUCUUUUACUGCAGAAUGAAGGCUUUAUGUAUUUCAGGAAACAUUAGCUUGCUGAAAUCAUAAUGUUGAAUGCCUCUUGUAGCAUAGACUAGUAUGUUCAUCAUACAGAGACCAAAAUGCCUCUCUCAAUUUUCAUUCAUGAUGCUACACCCACAUAUUCCCAUUACUCCAUCUUUGGUUCUGCUGUUCUUAUCAACCUUGGCAGUUAGACGUUAGGUCAGGCAGGGCACUCUCAUUGAAUCAUCCUGUAGUGUGAUGUAGAAUUUGUCAUUUGCUUCUUUGAGGUGUUGUCCCUCAUCCCGUCAAGAAUACAGCAGAGUUUCUCCCACUGCUGUUGUUAACCUUCCUGAUCCCAUCAUCUACUAUCGCCAACACCUUAGGUGUGAUGUCUCAUCUUUGCUAUGAUCUGUUUUGGACAUUAUCCAAAUUUUCCAAAAAAACAAUUGUUUUUUUCUUGAUGUCAAGGGCUUCAGUCUUCAGGCAAAUGGUUUCUUUUUACUUUUAACCUCUGGCAGUCAUACAAGUCAUUGACCAUCACACAACCUGAACGACCAAGGUGUCUGUUUUGUCUGGACUAUCUUCAGAGCAAACAGGCACAUUUUAACCUACCAGGAGCAAAAAAUAAGUUGCUGGCUUCUGCCCUCUUCCUUUUCAGUCCUGAUGAAGGGUCUUGGCCUGAAAUAUCAACUGUUCAUUUCCCUCCAUGGAUGCUGCCUGACCUGCUGAGUUCCUCCAGCAUUUCAUGUGUGUUGCAACGAACAUCUGGCUGGCACAGACCACGGGUAUCAUUAGGGAACACAAGCUGGCCUGCCAUAGCAAGGCAUAGACACCAGAAAUUACUUUAGUAUCUCAUGUAUCUCUUUAGUUGGUAAUAUAUUGUUCCAAUAAUAUAUUAAUUGAGUUUUCAUUCUAAGCCAGAACAAAUCCACAGAAACUAAUUGGAUAACGACCAAAUUAUGAAAAGGAAUCUAAAGCUAAAGUGGAUGUGUAAAUAAUACAGAAACUUUGUUUGUCUCCAAAUGAAUGUAAAGCAUUUCUUCAGAAUCGACAAUAAUUGCAAUUUGAUUCUUCUAAAGCUUUUGGUCAUGUUGUAAAUAUUUUGUUAAAGUACGUACAUUUAACUGUGAGACAAUGCUCAAAAUCAAUUACAGGUUUGUAAUUUGCUUUGAUGCACAAAGGUGAAUCAUGAAGACCAGCAGCAAAUGUUACAUUCUGGCACAGUGCUUAGAAACUUUGCUUUAUUGCAUACUUGUACAAGCAAUUAUCCAACAUUUUUGCCUUUUGAAUAUAUAUAUAUUUUUAAAUUUUUAUUAUAGCAGCAGCAUGCAGAACUCAAUAGACAUUUUCUCUCAGUAUUCCACUAAUUAAUAGAAAUGCUUUAUCACUUUUAUUUUCAGUAAUGAAAUGAGAUUUCACUUACAGGUGAAGGUUAAUUUAAUAAGUCUUAUCAUAAAAUUGUUUAUCCCGCAAUCAAAUUUUGAAUUCGUGGUUUUUCAAAAUUGUACUUCAUUAGAAGCAGUAAAUACAAUGGCAAAACAACGUUACUGAGAUCAGUUUAAGACUCAAAUCAUAUUUUAUUGAAGUUCUCACUGUUUAGUCUUCAUUUCUAACCAUGUGAGUAGUGUGAUGGCUGUGACAUUUAAAGAUAAAACUGAGUAAAUUUUAUUCCUAAUUUUUCCAAACUUACUGUGUUUUAUGAAUAUAUUUUUAAAAAUUAGCCAAUAAAAGACUGGCUUAGUUUUACCUUUUGGCUCAGCUCUGCUAGAUUAACUUUGCACUCUUUAGUAAAGAAAUAUUCAGUAUUUUAAUUAAAUCUAUUGUAUAAUCAAAGAAAGCAGAACAAAAUCUCUUGUAAACGACUAUUUUUUUCAAAAUGAGAAACUAUUAUGUAAAAAAAAAGUGUAUAUUUGUUUUCCUGGAAUAAUAACAAAGAUCAUAAAAGUUUUAUGAAAGUUUUAAAUGAAUGUAAUUGUUGAUUAUGUUCAAAAUAUGUGAUCGAUGUUUUGUGCUUCUUUUAGCUAUACAAGAAUGAAGUGUGGUGCAAGAGUCACUAUGCUGAGUCUGUAUAUCAGUUAAUUACUGACUUUCGGGAGACAAUGAUUUCUGGUCACACAAUAUCUCUAGCUUUUGAAUUGCUGUUGUGGAUUAAGUUUGAAUUUUAAGCGACAAUUGUAAUAUUGUUGAUUAUUUUUGAAUCAAAACGAAUUGAUCAUUGAUAAGUAAUCGAAGCUUUUUAAAAUUCCAUAUGAUUAUUGAUUUGGAAUAUCACAAAGCAAAAUCAAUUUUUGAGGAAGAAUUGCAAUUUAGUGUAAUAAAAAUGAAGAUUUUAACAUUG